AAUGCACAAGGUCAGACCUUUCCCACCUUCCAUCCUCUACCCCAUCUUCUCCAGCAGCAUAUCUUUCGAGAGCUAAACGAGUUAGCAAGAAUAUUCUCGCUCACAUAACCAAACAGGACUAGGACAAGAGCCAGGACAAGGAAUCCUAGCAGGACAGAGGAGCCAGCGUUCGCCUAUUUUUAUAUCAUAUCUUUGCCAUCAAAAAUGGAGCGUGUUCUGGAUAAGAAAGCCGCCGCCAGGGCCAAGGCUGCCCUCGCACCCGUUAAGAAGCCUAAGAAGAAACUGGCUAGCACUAUCGUAGCUUCGCGCUCAAAGACAACCAUCUCCAUGACCUCAGUAUCCACACCUCCAGCAUUAUCCAAGAAGCGGAAAUCUGCCGCCUCAAAACAAGACGACGGCUACGAAGAUGUGGAUCAAACGCCAGAACACGAUCUCGACUUCUUGUCACUCCUUUCUCCGUCUCUUGCCACCAAGAAGGCCAAAAACGCAUCAUCUUCUUCUUCUAGCACAUCCUCAGCCCAGUCAUCAUCACUAUCAACAUCCACAACAUCAGCCGGAACAUCAAAAGCCCCUGUCUCUAAGAAACCCAGGACCGGUCCCGAAGUCGUGGUGUUUGACGCAUCAAGCCUCAACCGCAAGUCCACCACAGCCUCGACAGAGUUCAAUUUUAAGAAGUUUAUGUCCUCAAAGAUCUCGAAACUAGACGAGGCACCAGCGCCGUUUGAGAACCCAUUGACAGCGGAGGAGAAAGCCGAGGAGAUCGAGAACAAACGCAAUGAUACAGAGCUACAUUCAUUGAUCAAGGCGAGUCGACUGCUGGAACAGUACAAUGCCGAUCAGUUGGAUGGUGCCGAUAGGCGGAAACAUCAGCGCGAGCAGCUGGAGCGCCUUGGAAUUCAGAAAAAGGAAAAGAUCAAAGUGCCUCUUCAGAUCAGCUUCGGAAUGAUGGCCAAGCAGCGUGAGCGGGAUCUCAAGGAGCUGGAGGAGGCUAAGAACAACGGCACAUACCACAAGAGCAUUAAGCACACGUUCGCAGCAGCAGGCGGCAAGAAGAAAGAGAAACCACGUUCAGAGCGCGGAUUGAAGACAUCGAUGGGUCGGUUCAAGAACGGCAUGCUGACAUUGACAGAGCGUGAGAUCAAAUCUGUACAACGGGAGGGUGUCAAGAAGAAGCCAUCCGGGAAGAAGGCUGGAGGCGGUCGAAGCGGCGGUGGAGGCGGAAAAAAGAAGAAGGGCAAGGGCCAUCAUUAGGCAACAUUGGGAGUAGUAACAUGUCUGUUUGUUCUACUAAUAAAAAGAAGACUGGGCAC